UGGUUUGAACAGUUUGCAUUUCAGUAUACCAAAGAGUCGGUUUAUACAUAAAAAGUUUUCACCAUCACUAACCCGUUUUUGUAUCGAGCGGUCAAAGUCACAUGACCCCGGCUCCUACAAAACGUCACGGUCUCUAUUUUGUUAUAUCGGCUGAACGCUGAACGUUUGUUGAAAAAAAUUCUACAUUUUCUUUUAUUAUCAAGAUGGAUAUAGCUGUACCGUCGAGGUUUUCUUGUUUAAAAAUUGAAGACGAUGAAUUUAAAACUGUUGGAUCAAGACAAAAUGCCCAACAUGCAGCGAAAAAGAAGGUUGACAGCAAACCGCAGAGCACCAAGAAAACCCUAAAUCAAAAUAAUAGUACCAAGAAGUCUAAUCAGAAGCAGUCUACUCAACAAAAUGGACCUUCAAAGAAAUCAAAGUCAAAAUCCAAGUCAGAACAUAAUAAACAAUGGGAAGACUGGAAAAAGAAAGAUGAUGAGUUUGUUAAUGAAAACUUUGAACAGGAUUUGCAGUGUGCUAUUCUGCAAUCAAAGUUGGAUUUUGAAACACAAAAGAAAAACUCUGUUUCAGUGAUCAUGACAACACAAGAUAAGAAUAAGAAAAAGAAAACCAAGACCAUGUCAUUAGACCAGUUUUUGGAUAAUAGUCCCAAUAAAGAUAAGGAAACAUCAAAACUGCAGGAUGAUACAAAUUUCUUUGAAAAUGCUAUAUCUUCAGCCAAGGAAGAGGUGAAAAAAGAAAGAGUAGAAGAGAAAAGGAGGCAAAGAGCAAAUAAUAUUGAGGAGAUCAUAACAUUAGCACAGUGUCAGGAAAAGCUACAAAAAGAAAAACAAAUUAAUGAGGAGUUAAGGAAAGAAUUAGAAGAUGCCAAAAAGGAAAUUACAAUGGUCAAAAAGAGGAACAAAACCUUAUGCAGUAUGCUCAGUCAAGGAGAAAUGAAAGACAAAGCAGCUGUCUUGCUAGAAUUAGAAAAACUCACUACUAUGAAGGAAGAAUUGACAGAAGAAGUUGCUAGGCUCCAUAAACUCUUAGAACAAGAAAGAUCUUUAAAGAAUCAUGUUAGUUCUGAAAGUCAUAGUAACACUAAACAUAAAGAAAAGACUAACAAAAAGAAGCAAAAGUAACAGCAUUUAGUUUUAUAGUUUUUAAGAGUAAAAGUGUAAGCUUUAAGUUUCUUUGAAGAAGUCUGUGUUUUAGUUUUGUGUGCAUGUGGUAUGGAAAAGACUGGUUUUUUCUGUCUAGUUCGAGUAUCUCUUAGUAUAUAGUAAACGAAAAUUACUUUUUUUACUGUUUUAUACCUAGUUGUUUUUCAGAAUCUGGGAUAAUUAAAUAUAUGACGUUUAGUUUAUGAUUUUCUACCAGCUUAAUAAAUCAAUAAAAAGUGCAUUUUGUUUUUGUAUGGCAUCCCCCUUCUAGUGAGAAAAUUAAUAAUGCCACAUAUAAAAGUACAUUUUCAAAACAUACAAGUAAUCUGACUGCAGUAACU